AUGACAACCUCAGAAGCAAUUGAUGAAGUUCGUAAUGAAAUCUUCCAAGAACUAUUACAGACUCAAUUCGCCUGCUCCGCCCUGACUCGAUUAUCCGGCGGCAUCUCAAACUUCGUAUAUCGGGGCAAACUCACUUCUACGGAUAAAACGAUCAUCAUUAAACAUGCCAAAGCUUACUUAGCUUCUAAUGCGAGUUUCGAACUUGAUAUUACGCGAUGCGCCCAUGAAACGACCACCCUACAAGCUCUAGAUAGCUUACCCCCCUACUUCCUGAACAAUAUCAUGGUCAAAACACCUCGCCUAUUUUGCUUUGAUCCAAAAAGCUGUACUCAGGUGCUUGAGGAUCUUCCAAACUCGCUCGACCUCAAAUCAUUUUUGAUCUCAGAAGCUUCCGACUCCCUGUCGAAGAAUUUCGCGCUAUCAAUCGGUCACGCCCUUGGCUCGUGGCUAAGAUCGCUUCACAAUUGGUCGGCCGAGAAAGAGCAAGCUACCUUGGCAAAGAAAUUGGGCGAAAAUCAAUCGAUGCAACAAAUCAAGUUUUACGCCAACUAUACGCUGCUCAUAGAAAGUAUUGAGAACUUUCCCAUGCUUCUAGAAGAAAGUCGCAGUAUAUUCAAAAAAGUACAUGAUCUAGCAGCCUUGGAGUUAAAGAACCAGGAACAAAGUGAGGAAUAUGGAAUCAUUCAUGGGGACUUUUGGACCGGGAAUGUGAUUCUCGAACCUGAUUCUCUAGCAACGAAAUCCACAACCGACCUCUUCAUUGUUGACUGGGAAAUGUCGCAUAUCGGAGCUCGCGCAUUAGAUCUAGGUCAGAUGAUUGCCGAAUUAUAUCAGAUCAAACUUUUCAAAGAUGUGGAGAGUGGUAUAUGGAUCAUUGAGGGGUUUAUGAAGGGCUAUGGACCACUAAGCGACACCAUGGCACUGCGGACCGCGAUACAUGUGGGUGUUCACUUAAUAUGUUGGGGAAGUAGAGUGCCUGGGUGGGGAUGCCAGGAGUUGAUUGAGAAGGUGGUGAAAGUUGGACGGGAUAUUAUCGUUCGCGCGUGGAAGAAGGAUAAAGAGUGGUUGGAGAAGGGUAGUUUGGGAUGCUUGUUUGCGACUCGAAGAUAG